UAAUCAGCAAUCGCUAUGACACACUAUAAUAGCCAAAUUUAGUUCUUAAGUUCCAAGUCGCCUUCUGUCUUGAUCUUAGACGCCUCUUCUACUCCAGCAUUGAAAAAUCCGUAAUGUUUUCUUAAUUAAUUUGAUUUCUUGCUGGUUCCAUCUGUGUUUUGUUCUUUGGAUUCAUUCUUCUCUCUCUCCUAGCUGUUUAUACAUUGACUUAAUCCUCGUCUAGAUCCAAAUUUUGCUUCCUCUCGAAAAAUGAUUAAGAGAUAUUGUUGUUGCAUACCUGAUGAUGAAGAACAAGAAAAUAUCAAUGCGCUAUCGGGCAAGUCAAGAGAUUAUCCGUGGGAGAUCUACACUCUUAAAGAACUUGUUCACGCAACAAAUAAUUUCCAUAAUGAUAACAAGAUCGGAGAGGGUGGUUUUGGAAGCGUUUACUGGGGCCGAACUAGUAAAGGCGUCGAGAUAGCGAUUAAACGGCUAAAAGCCAUGAGUGCAAAAGCAGAAAUGGAAUUUGCAGUAGAAGUGGAGAUUCUUGGGAGGGUUAGGCACAAAAAUUUAUUAGGUUUACGGGGGUUUUAUGCAGGCGGAGAUGAAAGGCUUAUAGUGUAUGAUUAUAUGCCUAAUCACAGCCUGAUCACACAUCUCCAUGGUCAACUUUCUUCCGAAUGUCUGCUAGACUGGCCUCGAAGAAUCAGUGUUGCCAUUGGUUCGGCUGAAGGAAUCUCGUAUCUGCACCAAGAAGCAACUCCCCAUAUCAUCCACAGGGACAUAAAAGCUAGUAACGUGCUCUUAGAUUCCGAAUUUCAAGCAAAAGUCGCUGAUUUUGGUUUUGCAAAACUCGUCCCAGAGGGCGUCACUCAUAUGACGACAAGGGUUAAAGGAACACUAGGCUAUUUGGCACCAGAGUAUGCAAUGUGGGGAAAAGUAUCCGAAAGCUGUGAUGUUUAUAGUUUUGGGAUACUAUUACUCGAAAUUAUCAGUGCUAAAAAGCCACUAGAAAAACUCCCGGGUGGAGUUAAGCGCGACAUUGUGCAAUGGGCUACUCCACUGGUACAAAAAGGAGCUUAUGAGCUUCUUGUUGAUCCUAGGCUAAAGGGAAAAUAUGAUCGCGCUCAGUUAAAAAGCCUUAUAAUAAUUGCAAUGAGGUGUACCGAUAGUAAUCCAGAGGAUCGUCCGACGAUGGCUGAUGUUGUGGAGUUGCUAAAAGGAGGCAAUGUUGGUAGUAGAAGAAAAGAGAUGACGAUAGUGAGAGACGGGGCUGAUGGAAAUGAAGAUGUGGAGUUCGGUGAUGAGGAUAUUGAUUAUGAAGGCCAAUUUGGUCCCGGGAAGGCUGUGCCGAGAUUGGUAAAAGGAGGAUCAAGAAGAAGAAGAGCGAAGAUGAAUUGAGUUGGUUUUAUGCACUUGUGUUGUUCUUGAUGCAUUUUGUAACUAAUUGACUAGAACAACUAGUAGGAUGGCUUAUAAUCCAGAUUUUACACAAAAACAGGUUCUAUA